UCCCCUUUUCUGUCUUUCUUUCUCCCCCCCCCCGCCCCCCGGAGGAUCUCGGGUCAGGUCUAACAGACCGUCUCGGGGGGGAGGCUUCACUUUUUCAUUUCUUCGCACAAGACCCAGGGAGCCCCCACCCCCCGGCCCGGGGGUCUCUGUCCCUCCCGGGGCUGCGAGCCGCCGAGAUGAGGGCUGGAUUUCAGCCGAUCAGCGGAGGGGAGGAGGACGAAGUCCCGCCGGACCCCGGGCCGGGGAUAACCUCGACCCUGGUGCUGUCGGUCUUCACGGCCGUGCUGGGGUCCCUGCAGUGUGGGUACAACAUCGGUGUCAUCAAUGCCCCCCAAAAGAUCAUCGAGCAGAACUAUAACGCCACCUGGCUGGCGCGGCACAACGCGUCCAUCGAGCUCUCCACGCUCACCACCCUCUGGUCCCUGUCGGUCGCCAUCUUCUCCAUCGGGGGCAUGAUCUCCUCCUUCCUGGUGGGGGUCGUCUCCGAGUGGCUGGGCAGGAAGCGGGCCAUGAUUCUCAAUAACGCCCUGGCCUUCCUGGGCGGGGCCCUCAUGGGGCUGGCCAAGCUGGGCUGCUCCUACGAGAUGAUGAUCCUCGGCCGCUUCCUGAUUGGUGCCUUCUCAGGGCUGGUAUCUGGCUUGGUCCCCAUGUACGUGGGUGAAAUUUCCCCCACCCGCCUGCGGGGGGCGCUGGGGACCCUGCACCAGCUGGCCCUCGUCAUCGGGAUCCUCAUUGCCCAGGUGUUCGGGCUGGAGUCCCUCCUCGGCGGCCCCGAGCUGUGGCCCCUGCUGCUGGGGCUGACGGUGGCCCCCUCGGCCCUGCAGCUGGUGCUGUUCCCCUUCUGCCCCGAGAGCCCCCGGUACCUCUACAUCAUCCGCAACAAGGAGUCCAAGGCCAAGGAGAGUUUGAAGCGGCUGACGGGGCGCAGCGACGUGAGCGAGGCCCUGACAGAGAUGAAGGAGGAGAAGCGGCGCAUGGACAUGGAGCGCAAGGUCUCCAUCGCCCAGCUCUUCCGCUGCCGGAUCUAUCGCCAGCCGCUGCUCAUCGCUGUGGUGCUCCAGCUGUCCCAGCAGCUCUCCGGCAUCAAUGCGAUAUUCUAUUACUCCACCAGUAUCUUUGAGUCAGCCGGGCUGGAGCAGCCGGUGUUCGCCACGAUCGGCGCUGGGGCCAUCAACGCUGCCUUCACCGUUGUCUCGCUGUUCCUGGUGGAGCGGGCAGGCCGCCGGACGCUACACCUGGUGGGGCUGGCAGGCAUGAUGGUGUGUGCCGUGGUGAUGACGGUGGCGUUGGUGUAUCUGGAUCGGGUGCCGGCCAUGAGCUACAUCAGCAUGGUGGCCAUCUUCGGCUUCGUGGCUUUCUUCGAGAUCGGGCCGGGGCCCAUCCCGUGGUUCAUCGUGGCCGAGCUGUUCAGCCAGGGGCCCCGCCCGGCAGCCAUGGCGGUGGCCGGGGGCUGCAACUGGACCUCCAACUUCAUCGUCGGCAUGGCUUUCCAGUCCAUGGCGGAUGCCUGCGGGCCAUACGUCUUCCUCAUCUUCGCGGCCCUCCUCCUUGGUUUCUUCCUCUUCACCUACUUCAAAGUCCCCGAGACGCGGGGCCGGACCUUCGACCAGAUUGCUGCCGCGUUCCGACGCACCCCGUCUCUGUUAGACCACGAAAUCAAACCCUCCACCGAGCUGGACUGUCUGGGGCAAGACGACAACGCCUGACCCGGGGCGGGAGCAAUCGGCCAGAGAGAGAGACACAAGAGGAAUGUAACCGUAACCCAGCACUUUAAAGACACAGCAAGGUUUAGAGAUUUUUUAGGUUAGUUGUUUUGUUUUUAGCUUUGUGGGUUUUAUUUUUAAGAUUAUAGAGAGAGAGAGAAAGAGAGAGAGAAAGAGAGUGAUUGUGUUGUGUGUGUGUGUCGACGGCAUGGAGAUAAAGACCUGUUGGGAGCUGCGGAAGGAGCUCGAUUAAAUGACAAAGGAAGGGGAACCUGGAGGAGAAUCCAGCUCAGCUGGGUGCACGCUCUUGGAAUCGGAAGUGGGGAAAAGACCUCUCCGAGACCAUAUCCAGCAGCUGGAACAGAUGUUCAGGCAUUCCCGAGCAAUGUAUGACACUAGUCGGCUCCAGAACCGUUGACGCCAAUGGCUGGAGUAGAUUCUGCGUCGAUUCAGGGACAGGAGACUUUUCUAUCGAUGAGAAGGUAGAAAGGCAAAACGCUGGUGGAGUUCUUUCGAUCCUACUGAACGGUCCCCCCGCCGUCAACGGAGUUGAGCCAAAGGGCCAGAACGAGCAUGACCGCCUCACGUGCUCUAACGCCGAGAGCUAGAAAGGUUGGAGCAAGAAGGCCGGGCGUCAUGGACGCCGUCAAACGCCGUGACGCCGUCGCUGAAUGGCAAGGCUCCUACGGGCAGGAGCUGUGGCUCUUUGCCCUACGCAUGGUCCCUGUAGUCUAGUGGCCCAACCGUGAUUGUGACCAGCACUAGAUCCCUUGGAGGAAACCUUUCAGCGAUACAAUGGAGUCACCUGUUAACUCUCCAUGGCUGGCGAUUGACUCCUAGUGGCAAAUAUCAUGAGAACGUCCAUCCUUCUCCGUCCAAGCCAGCAGAGCAGGAUUUCCUGGAUGCUCUGACCUGGGACAUCCCUUCCCGUCCAUCUUCUGAGGUUUGCAGAUCUAAGGGGACCUCACCACUCUUCCUGGAAAGCGAGCGUCAAGAGAAGAUGGUCAACUCAUCUUUGGAGGAGAACUGGUUGCGAUGGGCUGACAAGGGAGGGGGAGAAAGCUAUCACUCAAGGUGGGGAAGCUUUUGAGAAAGGGUGCAUUGGGUUUUGUGAACUGCAGUCCGCACCAGUUGCAAGUCAACGCAGAAUGUGGGACAUCCGCUCCACAGCUCAUAUCUAUAGGGACAAGGAAUGGCCCGAUUGGAUCAGACCCAUGGUCCACCUACCCCGCUAUUGUGUUUUAACAGGACGGUGUCCUCAGCCUUGCAUGCAGAAGACACGAUGCUAGGAAGCAGUCCAGGACAAUUUGCUAGUUAAAGAUGGUGGGAUCGUUGGUUGGUUGAUUAUUUUUAAGAAGGCACCCGGAACAGAGUUGUUAAAAUUACCGCUCUCCAUUUCGGCUGCUAGCUGACCGAUGGACGUCUGAAGCCAGCCAGUUGCGUUGACCUACAAAGACCAACCUUGCUAAAAUGUUAGCGAUUAGACCCGACACGCCGCUGCGUUUGGGGUGGGACAAACGAGGAACCCAUUUAAGCAGAUGACGGGCACGAGAGAUCAAUAUCUGUGCUUGAACACAGUUUAUGGACGAAGCCAGGAAGCUUCUGAACCGUUAGUAGGAUCUGAGAGAGUUUCUGUUUUGUAAUUAACGGAGGCGCUUGUCUUAAAUGUCAGGGACACAUGGAGAGGCAUUAGCGCAUUAUGCGACCUUUUGUAUUUCGGCGAGAAGAAUGUAAGUAAUUCUUUGUAUAUAAAGGACGUAGUCAAACCGAG